AUGUUGGCUCAUGAUAGGAGCAAACCGCGAACGUCUGAUGUAAGCUGCGCAGAUGACGUUACUUUUGAGUCGUUUUUUCUUUCAAAUCACGUUCGGGAAGGCCUCCGGCGGUGUGGGUUUCGGAAGCCAUCCCCUGUGCAAGUUAAAGCCAUACCAUUCGUGAAGGACCGUCGAGAUGCCCUCAUUCAAGCGAAAUCAGGGACAGGAAAAACGUGCGUAUUCGUUAUAGCAGCGCUUGAGGCAGUCAAAGCAGCGAACAACCAUACUCAAGUCGUGAUCCUUGCGCCGACGAGAGAAAUUGCUGUUCAAAUAUCUCAAGCAUGUUUGUGGAUUGGCCGGAGUCUUCCUGACUUGAAGGCAUUCGCUUUCAUCGGUGGAUUGUCUGUCGAACAAGAUGUUCAGAAAUUGAAACGAUGUCACAUCAUCGUCGGAACCCCUGGUCGCUUGUCGUGGCUUUUCAAGCAAGGAUACGUUCUAACCCAGGAAGUGAAACUGUUAGUAUUGGAUGAAGCAGACAAGAUGCUGGAGAAGGGAAUGAAAGAGGACGUGAAAUAUAUUGCAAGGAGAUUGCCUCGAAACAAGCAAGUUAUUUGCUGUUCUGCAACUUUCACCAGUGAAAUGGAAGCUUUAGUUUGCGCCCUCAUGAGAAAUCCUGAAAAGGUGAUAACAAAUCCUCCGUUAUUGAAGUUUGGGAUUAAGGUGAAUGAAGAAGACGGAAACCUUGUAGGCAUAAAGCAGUUCUUAGUCAGGGUUGAGCCACAUCAUGCAUUGGAUUGGAUUUUGGUCCAACGGAAAUUUACUGCACUUCUCACGCUGCUUCAGACGCAUUCCUUCUCGCAAUGCAUGGUCUUCGUGAAGUACCAAACAAGAGCUGAAAAUCUCGCGGAUGAUGCGGCCGCAGCGGGGUGGCCAUCUGCGUGUCUUUCUGCUCAUUUGGAUCAAAGAACUCGAUUGAAGGCGCUGUCAGACCUUCAAAAACUGCACUGCAGGAUACUGUUUGCUACGGAUGUUGGAGCUCGCGGAAUUGACGUUGAAAAUGUUGAUCUAGUGGUGAACUUUGAUGUCCCGACUGAGCCGGAAGGUUACUUGCAUCGGGUUGGAAGGGCCGGACGAUUCGGGUCCGCUGGAAUAGGUGUGACACUUGUGUCUGGUCCAAAUGACGAAAAGCUUUUCAAUAGAAUUCUGGGAUUUACGGGCAGCAAAGUUUAUGAACUACCUUUGGAUUAUUCCGGAAAUCUGUGGGAAGAAAGCGUGGAUUCUUUCGUAGUUCACGAAGUUGCACCGCGAACAUCGGAAAAGUUUGUGCGAGAUGAAGCCUAUGCAUCGAACAAGUUCGCAUCGAAACUUGUGCAACCCGCGGAAGGAAAGCUUUCAAGGACGAAGAGAAAAUCGGAUUCCGAACUUUCAAGAAUUUUUGCUGUUAUGAAGGACGCGCUUCGAUCAGAUAUUGACUCGAACGAGCCCCUGUUGAGUCAAGAUCUGUAUGAAAAAUUUUCGAAGGUUGUCGGAAGUCCUUGCAAGUCAGAGACGGAAGAAGCCCUGUCUUGGCUCGAUGAAAACUUUGAAGAAUCGGAUUCAGUUGAUUCGAUUUGGGAGAAGUAUAAGUCGGCAUUUUCCGAAGAAACCGGUCACGAAGAUGUUGAAGACCAACCACGUCGCGAACAUGAUUUUGUUGAGCAUAAUGCAUCCCGACAUUAUAAUGAGUUCUGGCUUGAAAAUUUUCUCGUCGAAACGCGACGGAUACGUGAUGAAGUUUUUGAAAUUGAAUACGAGAAGACUUUGCGGGAAUUCGUCUGAUAUUAAUGUUCAUUUUGUGUACGGGAGAGAAAAUACAUUUUUUCUUAUUGCUGGUAGA